CUAGGCUUUGCUUGCUCGUCUAGGUCUGCGCCUGACUCAUUCCUUUGCGUCUGUGCUAGUACCUGUGAAAGGGGACCUGAUCUUAGGGUGAUCGAAGGGCUGUGGUCAAGUUCCCAGUGACUGCAUUGUCUAUGCUCCGGAUACCCUCGCUUUUACGAGCAACAUGCUGCCGUGAGCUUCGUACGCCCUCAGUAAACGCCCAGCAAUUGCUUGUCCGCACCGCUAAAUUCCAAGCACGAACUCGCAAGCCGGUUGGACGUCCAUCUCGCGCCCGGUCAAAAGCAAAGGCGUUGGAAGAAGAAGACAACCAGGUCCGACUACUUGCGGAUGAUGUCCCGGUCUACUUCUCUCGAAAUGUCCACACAUGGCUUUCCCAGUACAACCAGAGGAUCGCUGACCGGCUGGCGCGGUUCGGUGUCCCCAAGGAUGACCUCCGGUCUCUCCUCAGAACGUAUACCAAGGCCAUGAACAAGGGUGACGUCUUCCGCCACCUCUCCUACAGCGGCGACCAACUAUCCCGCAUUGCACGUGACAUGACAUCUAACUCCCAGCACGCCAUGGACCGAUACUUCACGCGGAUGCUCUUCGAAUGGACCAGUCUUCCUGAGGGCCAGGAAGCACUCGAGACGGUAGUGUCUCCCAAGGCUCUAGCGCGCAUGCAAAGUCUCUUCCGCGCCGCAGACCUCUCGAAUGCGGGCUGGGAGUACACGCACACCCGUGGAGCUCCACCACGCAAGUUUAUCAUGCACGUCGGUCCGACGAACAGUGGGAAGACCCAUAACGCUUUGCGCGCGCUUGCAGCUGCCAAGCGCGGGGUGUAUGCGGGUCCUCUACGAUUGCUUGCCUUCGAGAUUUUUGAUCGCCUGAACAAGGGGCAGAUCGUCCCGCUAGGGAUGGAGCCCGACCCGCAGGCAGAACCGGACUCGCAGAGCAACAUCGACUUGGGCGACGGCGCGGAGAAAGGCAAGGCGGUCAUCGUGAAGACGGGCAAUCCUCGGUAUGCGCGGCAGUGCAACAUGGUUACUGGAGAAGAACACAAGAUCGUCUCGGACACGGCCCCGCUCCUCAGUUGCACCGUCGAGAUGACGCCGCAUGCGACAUAUUUUGAUGUCGCGGUGGUGGACGAGAUUCAGCUGAUCUCGGACAGGCAACGCGGGGGCGCAUGGACUGCGGCGGUCCUCGGGCUGAAUGCGAGGGAGAUCCACCUUUGCGGCGAGGAGUCCGCUGUUCCGCUCAUUGAGGCGCUGGUGAAGCAGACGGGGGACACCUUAGAGGUCAAUCGCUACAACCGGCUUACCCCCCUCGUCGUAGCUGACAAGAGUCUGAAUGGGGACAUAUCCCGUAUCAAGAAGGGCGACUGUGUUGUCACGUUCUCUAGGAUGGGCUUGUUCGAGCUGCAGAAGAAUAUCGAAGAGGCGACGAAGAUGCGCUGUGCGCUCGCAUACGGUCGUCUUCCUCCUGAGAUCCGUAGCGAGCAAGCGGCUCUUUUCAACGAUCCCAAUAGUGGCUACGACGUCCUUGUAGGCAGCGAUGCCGUGGGCAUGGGUCUCAACCUCAAAAUCAGACGAGUCGUUUUUGAGACAGUCUCCAAGUUUGACGGCACCAGGGGUCAGCGUCCCCUCUCAGCGUCGCAGAUCAAACAGAUUGCUGGGCGCGCGGGCCGGUUCGGGAUGCACGGGGACGAUACUGCGGGCAUCGUGACGACCUUACAUCCGGGUGACCUUGACCUCGUACGGGAAGCCCUCGCAACGUCCUUCGAGCCUCUCCACACGGCUCGGUUGAAUAUGACCAUGGAAUCCUACAGAAAGAUUGUCGAGGCCCUCCCAUGGGAGUCUUCUAACAUAACCGUCGCGGAGGUGUACCAUUACGUGUCGAGGAUGUCACCCCUGUUCGAGUUUCAGUCGAUUCACGAACUCGAGCAGGGCUUCCUCUUCAUCGAUGACUUCGCCGACUGCCUCACCCUCCCUAUGCGGCUCCUCGCAACGAACUCGCCCACCCCCUGGCGUGACGACUUUGCAGUCACAGGAGCUCGUACGAUGAUGGAGAUUUAUCGAGACUCCUUCCGCGUACCCAUUGACGAGAUGCUACGCCGCGGAAGGCUACUCAAGAAGCUCAACAGCGCACUUGUUCUCAUGGAGGGCCGGGUGCCCGCCUUCACACAGAAGGACGUCGUACCCGUGCUCGCGCAUUUGGAGACCCUGCACAAGGUCAUCGCGCUCUACCUGUGGUUCAGCUACCGGCACCCGGUCGCGUUCCCCGAUCAAGAGAAGGCGUUCAAGCUCCGGCACCUCAACGAACUCGCAAUGGACUGGUGCUUGGAGGUGCUGCACCAGAUGCGGUUGAAGACGAAAGACCCCGCCGCUCAGGCGCGCAAGACGGUGUUGGACAGGCGGCCGUUGACGAAGCAGGAGGUGACGUUAGCGGAGUCGGAUUCGUCCAACUCAGAAAAGACAUCGCAUGAGAAGGUUCUGAGCGACAAGAACGAUGAAUUCAUUUCGCACAUCGUACGGUGAUGUAUGCCCCUCGUGCUUCACUGUGACGGGACAAGGUGUUUGCUCCUCUUUGUCCGCCUGUCAAGCCGAGUCCAAGUGCGCUCGACCGGAGGGAGACGCGCGUUGUUUUGAACCAUCGCGCCGUUCAACUUUCCACCUCGGCCCCCUCGUUCCGCUCGGUGCUCGACUCGGCUGGUCCGUACGCGUGUCCACCCCCAUCUCGCAUCUCUAGACUUUGCUGCUCUUCACGCCCAAAGUUAUGUUAUUAUCCUACUUAAUAAUCGCGCUCUCGGUGCUCUUCGCCCCGCUGGCUUACGGGCGACCGGCCCCUGCUGCACCCUCCCACCAAAUACGCCAUCCUGCCCCACAAGUCGAGCCAAAAACCCUCCUAGGUCGACAUUACCUUCUCCACGAACACCGCGAGGUCGCGCAUACCCAUAUCGUGCAUUCCAAUACCGGCAGCUCGCGUGCCCAACAACCCUCGCGACGUUCCAAGGUCAAGCAGCCCUUCGCAAAGUACAUCGCUGACCGCUCUGGCGACAUCUGGCUGCACGAACGACGCGCCCCAGUCCCCGUCCUGAUCGCACAAGCCGAACCCGAUAUGGACGACAACAACUACGUCUCGCACGUUGGGCCAUACGCUUACGAGCCUGCGCCGCCUCCCCCACCGACCGUCACGAUCCACGUCACGCAGACGAGCAAUGACUACGGCUCUUCACCCUCUAGUACCGAUGCUGCGGUGCUUCCUCUAAACCUCGCAGCUGCAAACCCGACUGCGACGCCGGUUGGGUAUGUUGACAUGGAGCAGCAGCCCGGCGAAGAACACAAGCACAAGGGGAAGGGCAAAGGGAAGGGUCAUAAGGGCAAGGAAACGAAGGGAUGAAGCCGGAGUCGCCGCUGGCAACGAGCGGGUGUUGCGGAAGUAUCUCACUAAUAUCGUCCUGACGAUGGACAACAUGACUUGGACCCCCACUCUAUAUCAUCCUGUAUCAACAGACGGAUCAUUCUACCUCAUCUUGGGAUUCUGUAUGUGCGCUUCUGCAAACCUACGUUGGGUGGCACGGAAUGACUGCCUGGAAUAUGAUGACGUCAUCCUAUCUCAACCACCCUCGACAAGCGCUUGUUUGACCAUGCAAAGGUUGACCACAUCAUCCUCGGUGGUUAUCUGAUACCUAAUAAUCACGCACUUUGCUGUACUCUGGCCCUAACAUUUUUGGCGAAGCUGAGACUAAGUCUAAAGGCUCGGCUUGCCAAGAAUUGGCCUUCCCUCGCACCCGGACAUUGCCCCCAUAGUCCUUUAAUGGCCAUAGAUAACAUGGAUGUCAUAUCAGAAGAUGGCACACUAGUAGAAGAAGACACUCAAUCAGAGAGGGCAACUAGCUCCCCAACGCAACCAAAAACAGUUAACGCACUUUCUCCAGGACAAGAGCGGAAGCUAGUGGACUAUCUCGAAGAACGCUUUUUAGACAUCACCCGGAACUUCAAGAAACGGUUCGCAUCUCGUAAUUUCAAAACACCUCUCACAAGGCUGACCCGCAUCCUGCAUAUCGUUCGAUAGGGCAGACCCAUCCUCGUCCCUCCCCACGCUCCCCGCCUACCUCGAAGCGACGCACCACCUCCUCUCGCUCAUCCUCCAGAUUCCCCCCGUCGACCCCUCCGCGCCCCUCCGGACGACGCUCCUCCUCCGCCUCACCGGCGACGUCCUCACCGCCGUCCCGGGGUAUGUCCCCACGCUCGACGUGCUCCCGCUCCUCCUCGCCUGGCUUGCCGACCUCGAUGCAGGCUGGCUCGCCGUCCUCCGCUCGCAGGCGUGGGAUCCAACGUCUUCCAC